CGAAUGACUUCACAAACCAGUGUUUAGUUAGCAUGUACGAGCUUGUCAUACUGAUGACACAAGAACUGAACACUUCACUGCACACUUUUUCUGUUCUGUACUUGUUUUAGAUCGUCAUUACCGUUCGUCCUGCACAUUUGAACUCACUGAAUUGCGGUCCAUUCAUUUUAGGCAACUUUUAAUUCAGUAAUCGCAACUGUUCAGAGGAGACUUUCACUUGUCAAAGGAUGUAUAGAUGAUCGCUCCGUGACGACAGGGCAACAACGGCAGCGACCUCAGGUUGAUACUGUCGUCCACUUUUCAUUAAUCUCCGUGCUUCGAGCUUUAAGCUGAUUUAUUCCGCUACCCACGCGCAGCAGAAAGUAUUUUCUCCAAGUGGCUUUGCGCGCGCUUGCAUGCCCGUAAUUGUAUUACUGAUACGGAAUAUUAAACGGUUCCCAUAAAUGGUGAACUGGAUGAAAUAGUGAAAAAACAGUUGUACAUCUGGUCAACUUCAGUUUCUCUUGUAUGCUGGACACAUCUCAAUGAACGGUAACUUGGAUACCUGCUCUCCACAGGAUUGAGCUAUCUCUGAAUAUCCCAUCAGUUAUUUUAAAACUACGUUUUACACCAGACCAUGAUGUUGUUUUUGAAGUUUGUGCUUCUGCUGACAGCUAUUCCAUUGAAAACAGGUGUUCAUGGUCAAAUGGUCCAGAUGGACACCAAUAAAUCAGGAUUUGUGGGUUCACACGUGGAGCUACCCUGUUUGUUUAUCAACAGCUACCCGCCUGUAAAGAUCUCCCAGGUCACCUGGCAAAAACUUGUUAAUGGCACCAAGCAGAACGUGGCCAUCGCCAAUCCUGCCCUGGGUGUUUCAGUGCUUCAACCCUUCAAAGAGCGCGUGCGCUUCAAAAACCCGGCCGUCCGGCAGCGCACUCCAUCCCUGGAGGACACCACUAUAGUCUUUAACAAACUAAGACUGUCUGAUGAAUCUAGCUAUAUCUGCGAGUACACGACUUUCCCAGCUGGAAACAGGGAGAGCAUGGUCAAUCUUACUGUUUACGCUCGGCCUAUAAUCCAGAUGAGUCUGACCACACCCUCUAUAGUUGUGGGAUUCAAAGAUCUGAAGAUGACCGUCGCCACGUGCAUUUCAGCCAAUGGAAAGCCACCCAGUGUGAUCACAUGGGAAACCAAAUUAGAAGGAGAAUACAAAACCCAGGAGAUACUCAACCCUGAUGGGACGGUCACAGUUCGCAGUGAUUACUUGGUGGUUCCCAGUCGAGAAAUACACCAGCAGCUGCUCACCUGCGUCUCAACAUAUAAUGAUGAGCAACACACAGACAGUGUAAAGCUCAACAUUCAGUAUGAACCAGAAGUCAUAAUAGAGGGCUUUGAUGGGAAUUGGUAUUUAAACAGAGAAAACGUUCAGCUCACCUGUUUGGCUGAUGCCAACCCACCCAUCUCUAUGUUUCAGUGGAGAUACUUGAACGGAUCUCUGCCGAGCUCAGUAGAAGUCCGUGACGACGUGCUGAUUUUCAAAGGUCCUGUAACCUAUGACAUUGCAGGCACAUAUGCCUGUGAUGCCACCAACAGCAUUGGGACAGGCAAUGCGUCCGUUGAGGUCACCGUCACAGAAACCCCUAGCUACCCACGUGAGAUAUCUCAGGAGCAAAAUCAAACAGACAUCUUCAUCUACAUCGGUGGAGCUGUCGUGUGCGGCACAGUGCUCAUGUUGGCCAUUACGCUCCUGAUAGUGUUUUUCAAUCGCCGGAGAUCCACGUUUAAAGGAAACUACAGUGCCAAGAAGCAAAUCCUGGCUAAUGGCUACAACAAAUCUGGAAGCCCAGAGCCGCAAGCCACUAUCCCUCAGAGUUUGACCUUUUCUGAUGACUCCAGCAUCUUAGGUGGAAGCGUUCAGGAUUUCCAAAGCUGCCAUGAUAGCAGAAUAAAGACUUACCAUGCAGGAUUGAUUGAGGACAGCUUGAGGAACAGAUGCAAUGAGCAGACAUGUUUUUACGAUUAUGGAUCUGACGUGGAGGUCUCGGUGGACAUGGUUCCUCAGAUAGAUGGUUCUGUCAUCUCUAAAGAAGAGUGGUAUGUGUAAAAUUUGAAGACUUCAGGAGUCCUCAUCAUUUAUGUCCUCCCAGCUCUCUUUCUUAUCAUCUCACUCCUUUAUAAGCAGAUGUUGGGAUCAAGUGAAAUGGAUUGACUAUGGGUUGAUUUACAAACACUGACUGACCAAUGACUGGCCAUGUGAUAAUUUCUCCAACAAUCUCUAGGAUUUUGCAAUCAUGGACCUUUCAGAUGGAUGUUAAGUUUUUAGGAAGUAUAUAUUCUGUAAUAUUUACCAAGGGGCAUGUAAAGCUCUACUGCAAGAACACCAUGCAAUGUGGACACAAUUUUGUGCAUGAUCUAUGAAAAUAUUCCUUAUGUUUAUUGUUUUUUAUUGUUGAAACUGAAUAGUGAUAUGCUACUUUAUUCAUAUGUCUCAUAAUACAACAGACCUGGAAACACAAAAGACUUUAUACAAUGAACUUUGCUCUAACAAAUCCUGACUUGUUACAACUAUGACUCAGAUAUGGACAAACCCAAUCAAUGAGCUAAAAUUAACCUUGAAUAGUCUAGUUUAUGUAAGUUAACAAUAGAUGUACAAUAUUGUGCAAAGGUUGUGCUUAGGCUACCACCAUCUUUGUUGUUUUAGCAGUUUUAAUGGCCUCCAUAAUUAUUUUUCACUCUCUUUAUUGAGAUACACACAAAAAAUACAGGAAAUGAACAAAAUGUAAAAAAACACAAUUUUUGAUUUUUUUUUAAUGCAGCAUUGAUGUCAAAUCAACAUAUAUUUUUAUGUGACUUUAAUUUAACAAAUUAUGUUAAAUAAUAUUAACUUGUUUUUUGAUUGAAUUGACUUGCAAAACCAAGUUGUUUUAACUUUUUGCUGCAUUUUCUUUUUAUUACAGUGUAUUGACACUAAACACAUCUAGAACUCUUAGGGGGCGUGCACACCAACGCUUUUACGCCCGCGGCCGGCGCAUGCUUUCAAUUGUUUCCAAUGGAAGCUCAGCGUUUUUCAAAUAAGCCAGCAGCUAGCGGUUUUCUUUUGCGCUGAAAACCGGCGCUCUGCGUUUUUUCCGCGCUUAGCGCCGAGAGUUGAAAAAUAUUCAACUUUGGUUGAAAAGCUCCGCACAAAGCACUCAGCUGAAGAAAGCUGGCACUCAGCUGAAAAACAGCUGGCAUUCGGCUUUGUCCAGGCGUUCUCAGCCACGUUUGAAAGUUUUGGUGUGCACAACCCCUUAUGACUGAAGUCAUUAGAUUAGAAUUAGAAAUUAGGAUUUUGUUUCAUUUAGUUUUUAAGAGAGCCUGCAGGUUCCUGCUAUUGCUCACACUGACAAAAAAAUAUGCCGCAUGAAGUUAAAACAACUUGGUUUUGCAAGUCAAUUUAACCUACUAUUUUAUAUUUUGACCUGUGAUAAGUUGACAUAACUUAGAAAAACAAGUUGAAUUUGUUUCACUUAUUUUGUUAAGUAAAAUUAUAAAACGGUUAGUUCCAAUCCUUGAUUCUGAUUGGUCAAUAGGUGUGCUUUAUUCACGAUAAAACACUGCUAUGACCGCUUCACCCAACGGUUCUAUUUAAUAUCACUGCGCCCUUAGCAACACCCUUAGCAACACAUAAACAUAUAAUGAGACAAAGUCUGAGAACAGUUUGUUGUUUUUAUUUGAGCUUUCAUGUUGUUGUUCGCAGUCAGGGACUAUUUUUUCCAGCGGAAGGAAUGCUUUAAAACCGGCACGUGUACACCGUCCUGUAAUCUGAUUUAUGUAAAACUUUACUUUAGUGGCUGCAAUUUAAAAUAUGACAGGCCUAUAUAGUGUGAUGUUGUUUAAGGUUGUUUAAGAGAUUAUAUAAAAUACAUUGUACUAUACCACUUUGUAUCACUUUAUCUAAAAUAAUGUCACUUAUUUUAUGUCGUUGAGGAACAGGUUGAGUUAGACCGUUUUGUAUAUGUGUCUGUGUGUGUAUAAAAAUAUGUUUUUACAAUUACAAAUUAUCCCACUAACUGUUCAGUCAUCUUGUAAAUGUUGCUUAAUUUAUUACAAGAAAUCUUUAUGUUUUGUUCAAAAUGUGAAAUUUCAUUAUUCUGCCAAGACAAGCAUACUCAGAUUCAGUACAGUGUUCAUUUUGUGGUCUUGCAUAUUACGUAUUUAUUCAGAAACACUGUGAUUUGUAAAGUUUGUGAAUCCUCUUCUCUAAACUAAUAAAAUACAUAUUCACCAUGUACUGUGAGAGUCAGUGAAGAUAAAAUGAAAAUGUAUAUUGUAAUGUCAAUUGUUUGCUGUGAUAUAGUUGGGUCAACUAAACCAGACAUUCUUUUUAUGGGUCACUUAUUUGAAGCUUGUUAUUGUCUGAUCCUUACUGAAACCAUUAUGUCAUUAACAUUUCCUUUUACAGCCAUUAAAUUCCCCCCACGACAAAUC